AUGAUAACUUUACUUGCUGCUAUGGUGGAGCCAUGUCUCUUUUUUGCUUGUUGCAUUGACGAUCCCAACGAGUACAUAACUUUACUUUUCAAUGGAAGGCAUGUAAGUGAUAAGAUUAGCAUCGGUGAGAAAUACAUCUACAGUCAAAAUCUGAAAACGAUCUGUCAUGCUCCUAUGCACAAUGAACCUUUAUUUGAUCACUUAGUUGGCUCCUGCAAUGGUUUGGUUUGCACAUUUCAACAUCACCAUUUACUUCUAGAUCCCAUCUACAUUUGUAAUCCCCUUACCAGAGAAUAUGUCCAUCUUCCUCAACUAGUUGUAAACAAAGAAGACGUUAAUCCUGAUUGUUAUACAGUGGAAGGAGAGGUUGAUUUGUUCUGUGAUAUGGCAUGUGGAUUUGGGUAUGUUAGGUCAGCCAAUGAGUAUAAGGUUGUUAGAAUCCAUUACCUGGAGCUUGAGGUAGGAAAUGUCGAAGUAUACACAUUUGGCAGCGGUUGCGGGUGGAGAGCGAUAGGUAAAGUUCCAUAUCGCCUGGAUUCGACCUGGAACGGUAGGGGUACCUAUGCAAAUGACGCUAUUUAUUGGAUCCAGGAGAACGGAGUGGUUGCCUUUGACUUGGCUGAUGAGAAGUUCCGAUUGCUAUCAUCCGUCCUUCCUUGUCUGCAAAACCGUAAGUUCAGAGAUAGAUGUGGAUUUGUAGUACUUGGAAGGCGUUUGUGUUUUUAUAUGGAUACAUUACGUAUGGAAAUCUGGUCCUUGAUGAUAAGUAGCGACUCUAAGGAGGCCUGGCGUAUGGAGUUCGUUAUUGAUUACGAAGCCAAAGUAUGUACUGUAGGUUGUGGUACAAAGAAGUUUCAGCCGAUUUUACUUACAAAUAACGGAGAAAUCAUAUUCUUAUAUGGGAAAUCUGUGUUAUAUUCUUAUGACACGAAAACAACAUUAUUGAAGAUGAUUUCAAACGAAGCAUCAUCUGACUAUUUUGAAGCUGUCGAGGCAAUUGCUCAUGUAAAUACCUUUGCGUCGUCGGAAGCUACCGGAGAAAAUUCAAAGAGGUACACGGUUCGUCCACGCAGAGUUCGUACUCCAUGGGAUGAUGUUAUUGAUGAGUUAGACCGAGUUGCUCUCGGUGAGGAAAUUGAUACGACCCUUUUCAGACUCAGGUGA